UAAAUUGCCAAGUUCUUCCGUAUGAAUAGUCACUUUUACUAACAUCAGCACGACCAAAAAGAUAUGAAGUUAAUAUACAUUGUAAUAUAUUUUCUAAUACCGCUCUACAGCGGUGAGAAGAGUGAAGCCAUUGAAGAAUUACAAAUCCUAGUGACUAAUUGUCUUCAGAAAUAUCCUGUAUCAGAUGACGAACUCGCAAGGUUUAGAGAGUUGGAUAAAGAUCCCAGUCUGGCUAGUGACAAUUACAAAUGUUUUGGUAUGUGUGUGGUACAAGGCAGAGGAUGGUUUAUCGACGAUGUCCUCAUAGAUGAUGCGUAUAUCAAGUUCGACGCCAGUGGUGUCUUAGAAGAACAUGUUGACGAAUUGUAUCAUAUUAUUAAAGAAUGUAAACUUUUGGUUGGUGAUAACAAAUGCGAUACGGUGUUCCAAGUUGGUAAUUGUUUGGAGCAAAAAUCUUGGGAACUUUUGAAAAAGUCGGUAAAGUCAUUUUAGAAU